UGAUGUGAUUACAGAAUCACCCCAGUGACAUGUUGCCCAGUUCACCAGAAUGAAGCUUUGAGUCUUCCCUGUGGUGAUCUCUGAAAUUUGCUCAGUGAGCACCCCUAAUUUUGCUGAUUUAUUGCUGAUAAUCACUCACAAUGGAAACCAAUCAAAAAUGCGGGGAUGGACUGACUGGCAUGCAGAAAGAGGCUGCACUGCGUGCUCUCAUCCAGAGUACAGGAUAUCAAUUGCACCAGGAAAAUGGCCAGAGGAGAUAUGGAGGUCCACCACCUGGUUGGGAAGGUCCACCACCAGAGAGGGGCAGUGAAAUCUUUAUUGGUAAAUUACCUCGAGACCUCUUUGAGGAUGAGCUGGUUCCUCUGUGUGAAAAAUUUGGCAAAAUAUAUGAAGUACGGAUGAUGAUGGAUUUUAGGAACAACCGAGGUUAUGCUUUCGUCACCUUCAGUACAAAACAAGAAGCCAAGAAUGCCAUGAAGCAACUCAAUAAUUAUGAAAUAAGGAACGGUCGUCUGCUGGGGGUGUGUGCCAGCGUAGACAACUGCCGCCUGUUUGUGGGAGGCAUCCCAAAAACGAAAAAGAAAGAAGAAAUCCUGGCUGAGAUAAAGAAGGUGACUGAUGGUGUGGUGGAGGUGAUUGUUUACCCCAGUGCUGCUGACAAGAGCAAGAAUAGAGGCUUUGCCUUUGUUGAGUACGAGAGCCACCGUGCCGCAGCCAUGGCCAGGAGGAAACUGCUGCCAGGCCGGAUCCAGCUGUGGGGUCACGCCAUUGCUGUGGACUGGGCAGAGCCAGAAGUAGAAGUGGAUGAGGACACAAUGUCCACUGUGAAGAUCCUGUACAUUAGGAACCUCAUGUUGGCCACCACAGAAGAAACUAUUGAGAUGGAGUUCAAUGCCAUCAAACCAGGUUCAGUGGAGAGGGUGAAGAAGAUCAGGGACUAUGCAUUUGUUCACUUCUCUCAGAGAGAGGAUGCCAUUGCAGCUAUGAAUGCGUUAAACGGAAAGGUGAUUGAUGGCUCUCCUAUAGAAGUGACGCUGGCCAAGCCAGUGGAUAAGGACAGUUAUGUGCGUUACACUCGUGGCACAGGGGGGCGAGGGGCGGCUCUGCUGCAGGGCGACUACACCUACACACUGGGUCAGAUGUAUGAUCCUUCAGCCGCAUACAUGGGUGCCCCGGUCUUUUAUGCUCCUCAUGCUUACGCAGCUCUGCCCAAUCAAUUCCGCUUCCCUACUGCUAAAGGCCAUGUGAGCCCUCGAGGUCUGGUGCGUCCACCUUCUGUCAGAGGGGCGGCAGGUGUGCGCGGGCUGGGCGGUCGAGGCUACCUCGCCUACACAGGCGUAGGCCGUGGCUGCCCCACGUAUCAGCUAAAGUCUGACAAACACUCUGAGGACAAACUCUAUGACCUUCUCCCUGGCAUGGAACUCACGCCCAUGAAUCCCGUCACACUGAAGCCACAGGGAAUUAAACACUCUCCACAGAUCUUGGAGGAUAUUUGUCAGAAGAAUAACUGGGGACAGCCAUUAUACCAACUUCACUCUGCCAUUGGACCAGAUCAGAGGCAACUGUUCCUUUACAAAGUCACCAUCCCUGCUUUGGCCACUCAGUACCCUAACAUACACCCAUUUACUCCAGCAAAAUUGUGUGCAGCAGUGGAUGAAGCUAAAAUCCAUGCAGCGGAGCACACACUGCAGACUCUGGGCCUACACACAGAGGGCGCCGAUACUUCUGCUGCAGCUGCUGCUGCCGCCGCUGCUGCCGUCGCCACUGCUGCUGUGGCAUUCCCAGGUUAUGCAAUUGCUAACACCACUGGCACCGUCGCUGCUUCUCAGCUCAAACAAACCCUGACACUGGGGCAGGAUCUUGCAGCCUACGCCACCUAUGAGGGCUAUCCAGCUUUUGCCAUCACCACCCGUGGAGAUGCUUACGGCGUGUUCUAAGAACCAGCAAGCAGCUCAGAGUCUGUUGUGGCCAUUCGGAUCUAGAACAUACGUUUUAAGUUGCGCAGAUGAAUGCUAACGUUGCCUGAAUGCCACUUUUUCUAGUUCAUGUCAGUUCCAUUAUACACUAUAGAAAUUUGCAGGUUUUUGUCUUGAAAUGUCUUUGAUACAUAAGUUGUUCGGGGAAAAUAAGUCCAUCCAUGCAGCUCUUUAAAGAGACAACACUGUGCAACCUGAGAUCAGAAUUUAAAAGCAAGGUUUUGUAGGUUAUUAAAACUGCCUUUAAAUGUACAGUUAGAACUUUAAUAGUUUAUAAUCCAGAAAACACAUUGCUCCAUUGCUAAGGAUAUUGCCAUAGAGCUUUGAUAUUGAUUUAUUUGGUAUUUAAAGUUUGUGGUAGUUGUGCAUGUGUUUCAGGAUUUACUUUAAUAAAAGAAAUAUAUCAGGAAAGUUUGAUAUAGCAAAAGCUUAUAUAUAUACAGUACAGACCAAAAGUUUGGACACACCUUCUCAUUCAAAGAGUUUUC